CUACAAAGAUUUCAUCGCCUCUUCCUCGGUCUCCUGUAAACCCUAGGAGCCGCAUCCUUUUCUCCUUUUUUCUCGAAAGCAUUUCGUUUCCGUUCCAUCAAUGGCUUCCGCAGAGGUCGAGUACAGGUGCUUCGUCGGCGGUCUAGCGUGGGCCACCGACGACCAGUCCCUCGAGAGGGCGUUCAGUCAGUUUGGCGACAUCCUCGACUCGAAGGUCCGUUUGUCGCGCGCGGCAGGGGAGAUCCAGAUCUGACCUUGAUCUUCGAAUCGAACCCCUCCGAUGUCGAUCUGAUCCGAUCUGAAUCUGAAUCUGUUUGUGUUGCUUGAUACUAUGUUACUCUGCCCUUAAAACUCUUGUGAAAAAGUUAUUAUGUUACUGUGCCUCGAAUCGAUUAUCAACGAUCGCGAGACUGGGAGGUCCCGCGGCUUCGGAUUCGUCACCUUCGGCAACGAGAAGGCGAUGAGGGACGCGAUCGAGGGCAUGAACGGCCAGAACCUCGACGGGAGGAACAUCACCGUCAACGAGGCCCAGUCCCGCUCCGGCGGAGGCGGCGGCGGCGGGUUCAGCCGCGGCGGUGGCGGCGGGUACGGAGGCGGCCGCCGCGAGGGAGGCGGUGGAUACAGCCGCAGCAGCGGUGGAUACGGCGGCGGCGGCGGCGGCUACGGCGGCAGCCGCGACCGCAGCGACGGCGGGUACGGCAGCGGCGGCGGCGGCGGGUAUGGAGGCGGAUCGAGGUACUCCAGGGGCGGCGGUGACUCCGGCGGUGACUGGAGGAACUGAGUUCGUCGUCGGUGCUGCUGCUUUGGAUAUGUUUUUCAAGUUCGCGUCUGUGAUGUGAGGGCUUACUAGGUGGGUCCGGUGUCGUGGUUUCUAUGGUUAUGAUGGUCAUGUUAUGGUUUCAUGUUCGGUUUCCCUGCUUUUUUGAUCGAUGUUGCGAAAGAAAUGAAUUAAAGAAAUGAAGUGUAGAUCUUCGUUCCCAA